AUCUGUUCGUCCUGCGCACCAGUCGCCCUAACAAGCUGAACUAGAGACGGAUAGAAACCUCGCUGCAGACCCGGAGCACCGGCCUUCACUCCGACCUCGUCUCCUCUGGUCCGAUCAGAUCAGAGGUGUCGCUAAAGGAUUAAUGAGGCAGUAAGGCACCCAGCUUCUCCUUCAAGGCUCAUUUCGGCGUUUUUCGGCUUUACGCCCGGACUGCCUUACACCUUCCCUGUCUUAUUCACUUCAUUUGAGGAUACCUGUACCUCUACUGAUGGAACAGGGUCACUCCAACGUUCUCCUGCAGCCGCCCAACACCACCUAACAUUUCCUGGAAGAACGUGUCCAUAGCUCGCUCCCAACAAACAUGGACUGUUUUCCCAUGCUUUAUUUUCUGUCGAGACAUCAUGAUUCCUGGUAAUCGAAUGCUGAUGGUCAUUUUAAUAUGCCAAGUCCUGCUGGGAGAGAGCAACCAUGCUAGUCUGAUACCUGAGGAAGGGAAAAAGAAAGUACCAGGCCUGCAGGGUCGUUCGGCCGCUCAGAGCCAUGAACUACUGCGGGACUUCGAGGCCACGCUGCUGCACAUGUUCGGCCUCAAGAGGCGGCCGCGGCCCAGCCGCUCGGCCACUGUGCCGCGCUACCUGCUGGACCUCUACCGACUACAGUCGGGGGAGGCUGAAGACGUCGGAGCGCACGACAUCGCUUUUGAGUACCCGGAGAGGUCAGCCAGCAGGGCGAACACUGUGAGGGGCUUCCAUCAUGAAGAGCACAUGGAGAGGGUGCACGAGCUGGACGACAGAGAAGCCACGCCCUUCCGCUUCCUGUUUAACCUCACCAGCAUUCCAGAGGACGAGCUGCUGUCUUCGGCUGAGCUGAGACUCUACCGUCAUCAGAUCGACGAGGCCAUCGCCAACAGCCUGACGGAUGACCAGGGGCUCCACAGGAUAAAUGUGUACGAGGUGCUGAAGCCCCCUCGGCCCGGGCAGCUCAUCACGCAGCUCUUGGAUACGCGGCUUGUGCGUCAUAACGCGUCGCGCUGGGAGAGCUUUGACGUGAGCCCUGCCGUGCUGCGCUGGACUCGCGAAGGCCACCCGAACUACGGGCUGGCGGUGGAGGUUCUGCACCUCAACAAGACUCUGCAGCACCAGGGCCAACAUGUCCGCAUAAGCCGCUCGCUCCACCAGGAGCCCGGUGAGGACUGGGAGCAGCUACGCCCCCUGCUGGUUACCUUCGGCCACGACGGGAAGGGUCAUCCGCUGACCCGCCGGACCAAGCGCAGCCCAAAGCAGCGUGGUCGCAAACGCAACCGCAGCUGCCGGCGCCACGCACUGUACGUGGACUUCAGCGAUGUAGGCUGGAAUGACUGGAUAGUGGCGCCCCCUGGCUACCAGGCCUAUUACUGUCACGGGGAAUGUCCCUUUCCCCUGGCAGAUCAUCUGAACUCAACAAACCACGCGAUUGUUCAGACAUUGGUGAACUCUGUGAACAACAACAUUCCCAAGGCGUGCUGUGUGCCCACAGAGCUCAGCGCCAUCUCCAUGCUCUACCUGGAUGAACACGACAAGGUGGUCCUAAAAAACUACCAGGAAAUGGUGGUGGAGGGCUGCGGCUGCCGCUAACACACAGACUUCGUAGAGAACUUGGACUUGGACUAGCGACCAGAAGAAAAAAAAAAAAGCUAAAUGGACGCUAAACAAACCAGAAGUCUUUACUCCCAAAAAAUGUUCACUUGGACCCUUAUUUAUAACUUUUAAGUUGAGGUGUAUGUUUGUCUCACUUUUUUUUGUUUCUUUGACAAUAUGAUCAUAUAUUUUGACAAAAUAUAUAUAUUUAUAUCUACAUAUAAAAAAUAAAUUGAGUCCUUAUUUUAAACAUAAAAAAAGCUGUACAACUUUUCAUAAUGUACAUUAGAUUGUAAAAGGUUUUUUAUUGAGAAAAUAGUAAAAACAAUCUAAAAAGUAAA